ACACACUGUCUCAUUAAUAGUAAUAGUAAGGCGAGGCCAAAAUCGUCAUGACCGUCUCUCCUUCUCAGAAGUUUUCCUUUACAUUUAAUAUACGACGUGAUAAGCCAAUGGGCGACGAAAAAACUUUAACAGGGUUCCGCCUCCACUCUUUCCUCAAGUCAUGAUACGAAUACGAUUUUUGAUUGACUUCAACAGAUGUCUACUUAGCGGUUGCACAUUACUCUCCGGAGUGCAACAGCACCGCAACCAUGCCUCUGGCUCGCAGCCUCUCGGUGACCUCGUUGUCGGGGCUGGAGGAGUGGGACGAGGAGUUUGACUUGGAGGAUGGCGUGCUGUUCGAGAUCGCCUGGGAGGUGGCGAACAAAGUGGGCGGGAUCUACACCGUGAUCCAGACGAAAGCACGGCUGACUGCCGAGGAGUGGGGGGAGAACUACUUCUUGGUGGGGCCCUACACGGAGAGCAACGUCCGCACGCAGGUGGAGCUGAUCGAGCCCACGAACCCCGCCCUGAAGAGAACCAUCGACAAGAUGAACAGCAGCGGGUGCAAGGUGUACUUCGGGCGCUGGCUGAUCGAGGGCAGCCCCUACGUGGUGCUGAUCGAUGUGGGCUUCACCGCCUGGUCCCUGGACAAGUGGAAGAGCGAGCUGUGGGAGACCUGCGGGAUCGGGGUGCCCUGGUUCGACCGCGAGGCCAACGACGCCGUCCUCUUCGGAUUCCUCACCGCCUGGCUCCUGGGGGAGUUCGCAGCGCAGUGCGAGGACCCCCCCCAUGUCCUGGCGCACUUCCACGAGUGGCUGGCGGGGCUGGGCCUGGUGCUGUGCCGCCACAGGCAGCUCCCCGUGGCGACCAUCUUCACCACCCACGCCACCCUGCUGGGGCGCUACCUGUGCGCGGGAAACGUGGACUUCUACAACAAGCUGGACGAGUUUAACCUGGAUAAGGAGGCGGGCGAUCGGCAGAUCUACCACAGGUACUGCCUGGAGAGAGCAGCCGCCCGCUGUGCCCACGUCUUCACCACCGUCUCCCAGAUCACCGCACACGAGGCCGAGGCCCUGCUCAAGAGGAAGCCCGACAUCGUGACCCCCAACGGGCUGAACGUGAAGAAGUUCUCGGCCGUGCACGAGUUCCAGAACCUCCACGCCCAGAGCAAGGCCCGGAUCCAGGAGUUCAUCCGGGGACACUUCUACGGCCACCUGGACUUUAACCUGGACAAGUGUCUGUUCCUCUUCAUCGCCGGGCGAUACGAGUUCUCUAACAAAGGAGCCGACAUCUUUCUAGAGGCCCUUGCCCGGCUCAACUACCUGCUCAGGGUGAACCACAGUGAGGUAACUGUUAUAGCCUUCUUCAUCAUGCCCGCCAGAACCAACAACUUCAACGUGGAAACACUGAAGGGGCAGGCCAUCAGGAAACAGCUAUGGGACACGGCGCACACGGUGAAAGAGAAGUUCGGGCACAAGCUGUACGAGUCGCUGCUCGGGGGUCAGUUGCCAGAUGUGUCUAAGAUGCUGGAUAAGGAGGACUUCACCAUGAUGAAGAGGGCCAUAUUUGGGAGCCAGAGGCAGUGUCAGCCCCCCAUCUGCACCCACAACAUGCUGGAGGACAGCACUGACCCCAUCCUCAACUGCAUCCGCCGAAUCGGGCUGUUCAACAGCUCAGCGGACCGGGUCAAGGUGAUCUUCCACCCGGAGUUCCUGUCCUCCACCUCCCCGCUCCUCCCCAUGGACUAUGAGGAGUUUGUCAGGGGCUGUCAUUUAGGGGUCUUCCCCUCCUACUAUGAGCCCUGGGGCUACACGCCAGCGGAGUGUACGGUGAUGGGUAUCCCCUCCAUCUCCACUAACCUGUCCGGUUUCGGCUGUUUCAUGGAGGAGCACAUUGCGGACCCGUCCGCUUACGGGAUCUACAUUCUGGACCGGCGGUACCGGGGUGUGGAUGACUCGUGUAACCAGCUCACCUCCUUCCUGCUGCAGUUCUGCCAGCAGAGCCGGCGGCAGCGGAUCAUCCAGAGGAACCGCACCGAGCGCCUCAGCGACCUGCUGGACUGGAGAUACCUGGGCCGGUUUUAUAUUGCAGCCCGUCACAUGGCCCUGGCCAAAGCCUUCCCUGACACCUACUGCUAUGACCCCGAUGAGCCUGCUUCUACUCAAGGCUUCCGUUACCCCCGCCCGUCCUCCGUGCCCCCCUCCCCCGCCCUGUCCCGCCACUCCUCCCCGCACCACAGCGAGGCCGAGGAUGACGACGACGAAGAGCGGUACGAUGAGGAACUGGAGGCGGAGAAGGACCGGAUGAACAUCCGCCAGCCCUUCUCCCUCCCGCUGCGGAAGAGCAGCCUGCCGUUCUCUCCGCCCCCCCCGGUCUCCGACGGCAGCAGCCCCCCCGGCUCCCAGCCCAGCUCCACCACCAGCUCCCAGCCCAGCUCGCUGUCCAGCGAGAAAAACUGAGCACUUACACACACAUACGCACACACACACAUGCACACACACACACACACACACACACACAAACCAGCUCCCAGCCCAGCUCGCUGUCCAGCGAGAAAAACUGAGCACUUACACACACAUACGCACACACACACACACACACACACACAACACACACAUACACACAC